GUAUCAAUACAGUACCAGAAUUACCACCACAACAUGAAUCCACCUAUAAAGGAAUGUUUGCACCAGAUGGUAGUUUAAUUAAGAAGAAUACAACAAAUGAAAAUAAGAAUACAAAACAAAUUGAAAUAAAUCAGAUUUUUUAUCAAAAUCAAUUAAGAAGAAAGGAUGAAAAGUUACGUGAUAUACGAAAAGCAGGUAUACGUGCCGCUGAUGGUCCGAUCACUUAUGAUGAUUAUGAUUUUUAUUCUGAUAAAAAAUAUAUGAGUAAUCAUGAAGAAAGUAUGAUUGUGGCUAAUUUAUUGCGUAAAAAUAUCCCUUAUAGUAAAAACAGUGUAAAAAUGCUAUCAGCUAAACCUAUCAAUGGUGAUAAGGUAAUUCCAGUACGAGCAACGAAGCAAACUUCUGAAAAUGAAUCUACUACUGAAUUAUCAACAUGGCAAAAAUAUAAAAAUGGUAGUUUGGAUCGAACAACAAUUCAACCUAACAAUCAUUUUGUUGUUCGUGAUAGGAAUACUGAUAGUAAUAAAACUGUAACCUUAUCUAUCGUAAAGUCUAAAUUAGCACCACAUGCAAUUUCAUUACCAGAAGAAAGGGAUAAAUUUAAAUUACAACAAUAUGGAACGGUAGCAGAAUCACCCAUGCUGAAAAUAUCCUCGAAGAGUUCAAUUUCUAAUGAAUCCCAUGAAAAG